AUGUCCAUUGAUUUGGAUGUAGAAAUGAUUGUUCCACAACAAAGUGAGCAAAGCGUUCCUGAAUUUAAGGAUGUUUCUGUUAUUGUUAAUCAUUUUGUGAAAAAUGGUGGGUUAAUUAAAAGAGUAGAAGCUCUUGGAAGAGAAGCGGCAGUAUUUAAUGGGACCGGAAAUGAAAUUGAAAAUCGAUAUAAAACUGAAUUUGAUAUUUUAAAUGUAAGAUUUUCGAAAAAAUUAUUUAAAAAUUUUUAG